AGUGCCUCACUGGGCCCCGCGCCGUCAACAUCGUCGGGGUUUGAUACACGUUAUAUAUACAAAACCCACGUUAUUCAAAAUAUUUAUUUUUUUUUUUUUUUUAUUUUUAUUUUUUAUUUUAUUUAUUUUUUAUAUACCAAGAAAAUAAAUAAAUAAAUAAAAUUAUUUAAUAAACAUUGAUAAUUGUCAACUAGUCCAGAAUUUUUUUUUUUUUUUUCGAAUAAUUAAUAAUAAUUAUUUAAAAAAUCAGUGUGAAUAUAAAGAAAUUGUUUUUUUUGAUAAAUCAAAUUUGAAAUAAUUUGCCGCCACUGUCAGGACCCGGGGGAACAUCGGCCAUUUUGAAACAACUUGAACACACCUUGAUGGAUUAAUAAAAUUCGCCAAUAUUUAUUUUAUUUAUUUUUAAAAUUUGUGAAAGAUAAAAAAGUGAAUAAUUUAUUUUGUGAUUAAUAUAUGAAAUUUAUUUAUUUUUUUUUAAAUGGGUGAACUUGCAGUGGUUGUGAUUGAACAUAAACAUUUUUUACCUUGAUAAUGGGAUUACGACGAUGUAUAAUUGAGUGUUGACAAAAAAUUUUUUUUAAAUAAUGAUAUUGAAGUUAAUAUUGUUUGUUAAUUUAACGAUACGAUAACGAAAGGACAACACGAGGUUAUCCUCGUGAUAAAUAAAAUUAAUUAUAAUUAUACUUGAAAUUAAAAAAGGUGUAUUAACAUAAUUGUACGGUGUAAUUAAUGUGAUAAAAAUAAAAAUAAUAUGAACAAUGUUCAAUAUAACACAAUGUGUUUGUGAUGGUGAUAAUAAUAAUUGAUAAUUUAAUUGAAAAAAAAAAAAAGAGAAAAAACUUGUGAAAAAAAUAUAAAUAAUAUAUUUAAAAUUAAUUUUAAAGUGAGGCCCAAAUUAUUGGGCGUCGGAAGUUGCAAAAAUUGGGGGCUCAAGCGUGAUGCAGCGAACGGGUCCAAUCGGAGGACCCGGACAUCUUGGACUUCAGGGGCCACCACGAAGUCUCAAGAUAUCACCUGUCAAGAUACAGGAUGAUUCUGGUGAUCCAAUAUCACAAAAAGCUAAAAGCUCAUUGUGUGUGGGUUGCGGUGGAUGGAUUAAUGACCAGUGGAUUUUAAGGGUAGCACCUGAUCUUGAAUGGCAUGCAGCAUGUUUAAAAUGUGCUGAAUGUCAACAAUUCCUAGAUGAAAGAUGCACGUGUUUUGUCAGGGAUGGUAAAACAUACUGCAAACGUGAUUACACCCGUUUAUUUGGGACCAAAUGCGAUAAAUGCAGUCAAUCAUUCAACAAAAAUGAUUUAGUAAUGCGAGCUAAAACAAAAAUAUAUCAUAAAGAAUGUUUUAGAUGUUCAGCAUGUAUGAGAAAACUUGAAACUGGUGAUCAAUUUGCAUUGAGACAUGAUGGUUUAUUUUGUCGUCAAGAUCAUGACAUGCUUGAAAGUGGAAAAUUUUGUACAGGUGUUGUUGAUAGUGGAGCAAAUGAAAAUAAUAAUAAUGCUGCAUUAAAUAAUAAUAAUAAUAGUAAUCAUUUACAAUCAAAUGAUGGAUCUUUAUCAGACUCUGGAUCAGAGAGUGGAUCUCACAAAGCAGUUAGUAGUAUAAGAGGUCCAAGUGGCCACAAAAGUGGUGGUGGAUCUGAUGGUAAACCAACAAGAGUUAGAACAGUACUAAAUGAAAAACAAUUACAUACCCUAAGAACUUGUUAUGCUGCAAAUCCACGACCUGAUGCACUUAUGAAAGAACAAUUAGUUGAAAUGACUGGAUUGAGUCCACGUGUAAUUAGAGUUUGGUUUCAAAAUAAACGUUGUAAAGAUAAAAAAAAAACUAUAGCCAUGAAGCAACAGAUGCAACAAGAAAAGUAUUUUGGUUUGCAGGAUGGCAGAAAAUUGGGUUUUGGUGGUAUGCAUGGUAUUCCAAUGGUUGCAAGUAGUCCAGUUAGACAUGAAAGUCCAAUUGGCAUGACACCACUAGAAGUACAAGCAUAUCAACCACCAUGGAAAGCAUUAUCUGAUUUUGCAUUACACACUGAUCUUGAUAGAAUGGAUCCAAAUGCACCAUCAUUUCAUCAUCUAGUAUCACAGAUGCAUGGAUAUGAUAUACAUGGUGGACCACCACCUCAGCUACCUCAACCCUCAAUGCUUGGUGGUCCAAUGAAUGAUGUAAUUGGUGGUGGACAAUUACCACCACCUGGUGGACAUCAUUCAAUUGUUGGUGGUCCAGAUAUGGGACAACAUCCAGACAGUACAGACAGCUACGUUACCUAUCUUGAAAGUGACAGUGAUUCACUUCAUCAUGACACUGGAAGUCCCUAGUAUAUUUUUAAGUCUAAAAUAUGUAUAUAGAAAUUAUAAAAUAAUUAAUUGAAUUGAUUGAAUUAUUAUUAUUAUCAGUUUAUUCCCAAUUUUAUUUCAUUCAAAAAACAAUAACAACGAAAAAAAAGAAAAAUGUUAAUCAAAAUGUUCAAAACAUCUUGUUUGUUUUAUUAUUAUUAUUAUUAAUUUUAUUAUUUUUAAUUUUUUUUAUAUAUUUUUUUUUAAUUUUAUUUCAAUGGCAAGUGUAAUAUGCUAAUUGACGAGAAGCUGGUAUCAGACAUGGGAAAAAAUAAAUGAAAUAAAAAAAGAUAAGAAACUUGAUAAAGGUAUGGGGUGGUAGAUACGAUAAUUA